AUGAAGAUCCCUUGCGAAGGCUACGGCAUUAAGCUUCAGUGGAUCAACGUUUCGAACCCAUAUCUUGAGCAGGAGAAGCCUGGCAGUAGCAGUAAUGGCAGAGGGAGAAUACGGAUUGUGGCUGAUGCACAUUUGGGGCCCUUUACAGGCCGUGAUACAGGGCCAGAAUAUCAGAUGAGAGACAUUGACUCCUUCUUGGCAUCCCUUGAAGAAGCACCAAACUCAAAGGGCGUCAUACAAGAAGGCCCUUUCUCUCUUUUUCAAGCCCAUGACGGUAGUCACGAAUCUGGCCAGAGUCACGACUUAGGAAAUCCCGAUAUUGCAGCCUCGGACUGCUCAUUGGUCACCAAUGCUCAUCGCAGCUCUGAAUCAACACGGUCCCAGAAGGACGCAACGACUUCACCUAUCUACACUGACUGCGCAAGCUCAAGUCCUUCAUUCUCGACAGCACGAGAGGACGGAUCUCCAAAUCAGAUUGGGCUCGAUGUGGAGCUCAUCAGAACCUCGGAGGAUGACCAUGCCACACCAGAAUUCCAGCUCCAGGAAGAGUUCAACUCUUCGCUGGGCGAGAUUGCAGACCUAUUAGAAGACUCAGUCGAGUUGUUGCCGAUGCAGCCGCAAAAUAACAUUUCAUCCAUGAGACUACCGAGACGAAUAUCUACCAGCAUAUCAGGCGACGCAGUCAUCGAUAGACUUAUGCAUCACUACGUGGAGAACAUCGCGAGCCUACUCCAGCCCAUUCCACAUCCCCAGAAUCCUUACCGAAAGCUCUACGUCCCGGCAGCUCUCCAGGCAAUAUCGGAAUGGCUGCCGAAAGCAAAAAUGGCCACACCUACCGUUUCUUCAGUCAUUUUUCACUCCCUUAUAGCAUCAUCUGCUUUCCAUCUCGGCAAUUGUGGCCCCGAGCAGGCGAAAUACCUUGCCCUCGGGUCGCAGCAUCGCCAAGUAGCGCUGCAUUGCUUACAGUCCGCCAUCAACCCCGCCAUGGCAACAUCGGAAUACAAGCUUCUCAUGGUGGCCAUGUUAUCAAUGGUGACCAUUAGCAACUUCACGACAGGCAGUGAUGCCGACUUUGUGGUCCACCUUCAAGGCACAAAACAGCUGCGGAAAACGCGAAGGCGAUGGAAAGUCAUCAGCAGAGCCACGCGGCAACUGAAUGAAAUUAGCGACUUUCUCUACCUCCUCACUCGCACGGUCUCAUUCUCCUUUACGCCAGGGCCUUGGCCAUCAGAGGGUGCAGAGGAUAUAGACGAACCAAUCGCCUCGCAGGCAGAGCCCGACAGCUGCUUCGGAUACAUGUACGGGAUCACACCCGCCAUCGCUGUGGAUAUCGAGGAGACCUGCCGACUGGCGGAGUAUCUCCUCUGGUACGAAGGCACCGAAGAGCCCAUCCCAGAGGGACUGCUCGAGGCCUGCGAGAGUCUUGGCGAUCGAUUAUGCAACUGGUCUCUAGACCUCGAAGACGUCCGCCAAGCAAUGAACCAGGACGCCGAAACCCUGGAAAUCUUUCAACACCACGCGGAUGCGUGGCACUUGGCUGCAGUCAUUUACUACCACCGACGCAUUCAAAAGUGUCACAGCGAAAAUCAUCAGCAGCUCCUCGCCGAAAUCGCCGAACACAUGCACGCCGUCGAGGACAUCAAAACGCGGUCGAAGUCCACAAAGACCAACUUCAUGGCGCCCAUAACGUGGCCCGCCUUCGUAGCCUCGUGCGACGCCAGCGAUCGCGGACCGUGGGAGCACUGGUGGGAGAGGAUAAAGUGUUACCGGGUUGCCAACAGCCGGACGCAGUGGAAGGUGGUUCAGCGUUUGUGGGAGAGACGGGAUGAACUAGAGCAAGCGGGCGUUGAUACGUUUGAUUGGAUACAGGCGUUUAAAGACUUCGGGAUUGCUUUGUUUCCAAUCUGA